AGGAAUACUAUUUGGCACCAUAUAUUUAUACAUAUAUAAAGAUUACAUUACUGUUACAGAGAAUAUCUAGCUUUUCAUCCUUAGUUAUUUUAGUAUACUACAUUAUUAUAAACUAAAUAAGUCGGGUUUAACAUUUUAUUUUGUUCCAUUUAAAUUUUACUUAGACUACUGACAUGGGCUCGGUUUUGCCCGCAGAGGCUUUGGUAUUGAAGUCUGGAUUUAAACAGCAGAGUCUGUCAUUGUCUGAAAUCAUUACAUCCGACAUCCUCCACAGCUUUCUCUACGGUCGAUGGAGAAACGUGCUCGGAGAACACCUUUUUGAAGAGAAGACCAACAACAUCAGUCCCAAGACAGCGUUCACCGCAGAAGUUCUGGCACAGUCUUUCUCAGGAGAAGUUCAGAAGCUGUCGAGUCUGGUGCUGCCGAGUGAAGUAAUCAUCGCCCAGAGCUCUAUUCCAGGAGAGGGUCUCGGGAUUUUCUCCAAAACAUGGAUCAAGGCUGGCACAGAAAUGGGACCGUUUACCGGCAGAGUUAUCACGCCAGAGCACGUGGACCUCUUCAAGAACAAUAAUCUAAUGUGGGAGGUGUUUAACGAGGACGGCACUGUGCGCUACUUCAUCGAUGCCAGCCAGGAGGACCACCGCAGCUGGAUGACAUACAUUAAGUGCGCCCGUAAUGAGCAAGAGCAAAACCUCGAAGUGGUGCAAAUCGGCAGCAGCAUCUUUUACAAGGCUGUGGAGACCAUCCCCCCUGAUCAGGAGCUUCUGGUGUGGUAUGGAAACUCUCACAAUACCUUCUUGGGGAUUCCUGGUGUCCCUGGUAUAGAAGACGAGCAGCAGAAGAAAAGCAAGACCGAUGAUUUCCACCUGUCCGACGGCUCCUCAUCCUCGUCCUCCUCGUCCUCGUCCUCCUCGUCAGCGGCUAGCCGCAUGCGCUGCGUCAUCUGCCACCGUGGCUUCAACUCCCGCAGCAACCUGCGCUCGCACAUGCGCAUCCACACGCUGGACAAGCCCUUCGUCUGCCGCUUCUGCAACCGCCGCUUCAGCCAGUCCUCCACCCUUCGCAACCACGUGCGGCUGCACACCGGGGAGCGGCCGUACAAGUGCCACGUGUGCCAGAGUGCCUACUCGCAGCUGGCGGGACUGCGGGCGCACCAGAAGAGCGCCAGGCACCGGCCGGCAGGGACAGCCUCUGUGGUGGCCUUACAGGCUCAUUCCCCACCUCCCCCCCAGAUGGCACCUGUUCCCCACCCAGCCACCCUGGUUCACCACAUUCCCACAAUGGUGCUGUAAUGGAAGAGUGCAGCCACUUACAGUGUGCAGACUGCUGCAAAAACAGAACAUAAAGCGCUUUGCUAUAUCUUUCUAUAUCUCUGAUAUGUCUGUCAUAUGUUCACAGUAGCUCUGUUUUUUUUAAGGUCCUGACUCUUUCAUAACAACCAGAGAUUUUUUUUUUUCCAUUUUAAGUCAACAGUUCAGCAGGAGUAAUUUGAUGAACCAGAAUAUGUCAAGUUAGGUUGCAUUUUGGGGAUUAAUGGAAUGCACUACACAUUUUCAGAAUUUACUCCAAUGGACAAAUUAAUGUAUGACUUACCAGGAACAGCCCCCUCCUGUGCCCCAGUGCUAAGUGGCUACUGAUAUGUGUGUCAUUAAGGAUGAUAUGCAGUCUGUUGUUUUGUUAGUAUGUUAAGAAUGUCGACUGUAAUCCUUAUAUAAUCAUUAUAUACCUCCUUACCAAAAACCUCACAAGAACAUGAUUUUAGCAUUGUUCAUGCAAAGUAAUUGCAGCAUGGUUCAGAUUUGGGUGAUAAAAAUGAUUAACGGUCACUGCAAAAUCUAUUUGUUACUUCCCAAUGCAUGAGACAAUUGUGGUUCGCCAGGCCAUGCAUUUCUAAGAAUUAUUGUUGAACUGCUCUUCGUUUGCAUGCAAACAAAUUUUUUUAUUGGUUAUGGCAUCGAUUGAACUUGGCGCCAUAUCCAUGCCAAUUUCCGAAGCAUUCUUAAAGUCUGAAAUAGUUAUGAAAUUUAGAAAGCUUAGGUUUUUGGAAAGCGAUUAUUAAGUGAUUCAAGUGGUUACUUAUUUAGAAGGAGCAACGACCUGCUGACAUUGAGUGAAAAAUAACGACCCCUAGUGGAGUGACACAAGGGAUUCUAUAAACAUGGAACUGUAUGCCCCCUUGUGUACACUCUGUGUCAUUACAUCGCUGUUAGCGAAGAUGAAUAAGAAAUUUCAGAUAAAUGUAAAUAAAAGAAUAUAUAGACAGUGUAAAUAUAAUUUUAAACUCGUGCUUUACUUCCACAAAUACUGAAUAGUCACUUUAUCCCUGUACAUGUAUGUAAAACUUUAUUACAAAACUUUGGUAUUAUAUAUAUUAUGAAUACUAUGU